CUCUCAUCCAAAAUUUUAGAAUUUAGUGGAUUUCAGCCAACGAGGCUAAAAAAAACAAUUGAGCAGAUUUAAAUUGCAUUUUCUAUGCCCCGAAGUCCCAUUUCCAAUCCCGCCAUGGAUUUCAGCUGCACCAACCUCUCUUCGUGGAAAUCGGCGCUGUCGACCUACGAGACCAGCCUCGUAUCGCUCCAAAAACCCGACCUCAUUUCCCUCGAUGCCUUCUACCGCAAGGAACUCCCUUUCCUCAUUCGGCAGCGAGAACCCGAGGCCUUCAUCACCCAGCCAGAACUCCGUCGACUGCUCCAAUGGAAGCUUUCCCGAGGAAAAUGGCGGCCUCGGCUGUUGGAUUUCGUUUCUUCACUCUCUGGAACCCUAGUGGAAUCGGCUUCAAAAAGGGCUUUUGCGUCUCUUCCUGAUCUGAGCAAGGCGGUGUCCGAGCUGACAAUACUGAAGGGGGUAGGCCCGGCGACUGCAUCGGCAGUUCUUGCUGCUUAUAUGCCAGAAUUGGCUCCGUUCAUGUCCGAUGAGGCUCUGCUGGCGACUUUGGGCAAUGCUAAAGAGUAUACCCUGAAGCAGUACCUCUCUUUUGCUGACAAGUUGCAGAAGAAGGCAAAGGAGUUGAGUACGGAGGAAGAGUCUUUCACCCCAUCAGAUGUUGAGAGAGCAUUGUGGGGCUCUGCAAUUGCCUCGAAGCAUUCUCUUCGCCAUCCCAACGAUGAUUCUAAUAUUAUUUCCAAGAGAAGUGUCAAGAGAAAAAGAAAAUCCUAAGGGCAACUAAGGCUUCAUUUAGAAUGACUUUCUUACUGCUUUUUCAAAUAACUUUUUAGCUAAAAAUUUAUUUGAAGUAACAGUAAGAAACUAUCUCAAACAAAAACUAAAACUUUUUUACUUCUUUAAGCUUCCUAAAAGUCAUCAUCAACUGAUAUGUAAUUUCCUAGUUCAGCUUAGUUACAGCCUAUAUAUCUGGUGUUUUUGGAAACUGGAAAAUUUAUUGAUUUCUCUUCAGCUAUGUGAAAUGUUCUGAAAUCUGUAGUUGGAUUAGAA